UUUUCUGCUUUAUCUGUCACUCUUCUCGCUUUAUAUACAUAACAACAUACAUUUCUUUUUCACUGUACUUUUAGGGGGGAGAAACGAAGGCCCAGAAGUCUUGAACAUCAUUAGAGACAACACAUUCACAGGGAUUUGAGAGCAAAAGAAUUUUUGGUUUGAAUUUUCUUUGAAAACCCAGAAACGGGAUAUAAGAAAAGAGAGACCUUGUUUCUUUGUUCUUUUUUAUUUUUUUAAUUUUUUUUGGGUUUGGGAUUGAAUAAUGGGAUCAUCUUCAGGGCAAGGCAGUGGCUUUGAUCUCUCAUUCAGGAUCUUGUUGAUCGGUGAUUCUGGGGUUGGUAAAAGCAGUCUUCUUGUCAGUUUUAUUUCCAGUUCUGUAGAGGAUCUUUCUCCCACCAUUGGUGUGGAUUUUAAGGUCAAGCAGCUAAUGGUAGGUGGGAAGCGAUUGAAGCUUACAAUUUGGGAUACCGCUGGACAGGAGAGAUUCAGAACAUUAACAAGCUCUUACUAUAGAAAUGCACAAGGAAUCAUUCUUGUUUAUGAUGUGACACGGAGAGAAACCUUUACAAACUUAUCAGAUGUGUGGGCUAAAGAAGUUGACCUCCACUGCACGAACAAGGACUGUGUGAAGAUGCUUGUUGGAAAUAAAGUCGAUAUAGAGUCUGAAGGGGUUGUAAGGAGAGAAGAGGGAAACGCUCUUGCAAAAGUGCAUGGAUGUACAUUUCUUGAAUGUAGUGCUAAAACUAGACAAAAUGUGGAGAAAUGCUUUGAAGAACUGGCACUCAAGAUAAUGGAAGUUCCUAGUCUUUUGGAAGAAGGAUCUACUGCAGUGAAGAGAAAUAUUUUAAAGCAGAAACAGGAAAACCAAGCACCUCCUUCCAGAUCUAGUGGUUGUUGCUCUUCAUAAGCUGCAAGAAGAAGAUGGCAUGCACAAUGAGUUCCACUCAACACAUCAUGAACAGAUCAUGCAUAUGAAAAUUGCUUUCCUGUGUUCUUUUACUGCUACUAUUGAUGCGGUCACGAAGUUGCCUUCUUUCACUUGUAUCAUCAUCAUCAUCAUCAUCAUCAUCAUCAUCAUCAUCAUUCUGGGAAUACAGGCACUCAAAUAAUAUCCAUUAGCUUUUGUAUAGUUGUUUGCCUUUGUUUUUGUUGGUCAAUAUUCACUCAUGUUGGAAGAACAUAAUUUAUUCUAUUCUGUUGGUUUAAGUUAAUAUGCUUUUUCUA